AUGCUGGGCUUCACCUAUCGCGUCGCCGUAUCUCAAGUUCGCCAUCUGGUCCCAAACGUGCUAGAGCUCGAAGACGAACCUCUCAUGUCAACCACAGUGCUCGACUACGGAAUGAGCCCUGUGGGGGCUUACAAGGAGUUCGUCCACCAAGUCGAGGUGACCUACAAGAAUGAAAAGUUCAUGUAUAGUCUCAUUUUGAUUCUCGACAACGAGGCAGCCAUAUUCGCAGGACGUGAGCAGUACGGCUUUCCCAAAGUCUUUGGCAAGGCCGAUAUUCAGACAACCAACGGCACACGACUGGUUUUGGCAAAUGCCCAGAGGCCGGUAGGACGAACUGUUUUCGAGUGCGAAUUCAUACCCGAUCAUCGAAUUCCCAGUUUGCCUGCUGCAGAGAAAUGGGGUCUCAAUCUUCGUAGUAUUCCGCAGCCAUGUGUGGGAACAUCACCAGCGAUUCAAGAGCUGAUUCCUACAAUCAUGGACUGGAAGUUUACCGAGAUCUGGGCUGGCCAUGGUCAGAUCACGUUUCCGCGCCGCUCUGCAUUUGAUCCUUGGUGCGGUGUUGACAUUUUAAGAUACGAAGGAAGCUUCUUUGCGCGGGGUCUGACUGGUGAGCUUCGGUGUCGCGGUGAGAGUUUUCAGGUUUAG